AUGUACAAUUCAGCUAAAUCGGAAAAAAGACAUCGAAUUAAAGAACUUCUGAAACGUAAACAACAAACUGCACAUCCUAAAGUAAAUGAAAGUAAAAUCAACACAGUAACAACCAACUCAUCAAAUGUUACCACUGAAAACGUAGCCGAACAGCUUCCGAUUGCUAAAUUUAUGACAACCACUAAUAAUAAUACUAAACCUACCGAUAUCACCACUGAACUGUGCGUUUGUGUAAUAUGUGGAAAGGAUCUUAGUUGCUCUUCUCUUAAUACGAGAGAAAAGCAUUUCAACGCGUGUCUUGACGAUAAAAUUGAAAUUGAAACCAAUUCUACUUCCUUUAAAAAGUCCGGUGAGAAACAACAGGAAAAUAAAGAGCAAAAAAAUUCUUUAUUUGCCAUUGCUAUCGUAUGUCCAUGUUGUAAUAGAACUUUCAAAGCUAAGACCGAGAAAGGAAAGCUUGAACAUUUUAAGAAGUGUGGUAAAAAAUAUAAGCACACGCCGUCUAAAAUGUUAGAAUUUCUGCAAGAACUGAAAAUUAAAUAUGGAAGAGAUCAUCCUUACACAAUGAAUUCGAUUGGUUUGACUUCAAGAUCUAUUUCAUCAUUACACACACUUACAAGACCUAAAGAAAAGAAACUAACCAAUUAUUUCAACCCAAUUUCUAAGGAUAAAAAUGAAACGGCUAAAAUAGAUCAUACAUAUAAUUAUUUCGUUUCACCUAUAUCAACCGUAGAAAGUUCCAAUAAUUGUAAAAGGAAAGUCGAUGAUGACGACGAUGAUGAUUUUCAAGUUGGCGUGGCAUUAUCAAGAUCUAUGUUACCUCCCGAAAGAAAAUCUCGAAGGAAGAAAAUUAAAUACGAUUUGAACACCACUCCAAUAUUACCUUGUGCGGAAGCUAUUAAUAAGGCUAAAGAACGAGCUGUAUCAAUGUUUUUCAAUCGUCCAACCAUUAACGAGAUCACCAAACACUUAUCUUCCAAACCAGAAUUUUCGAAAAGUAAGGUGGGAGAAAAAUACACUUGUCGAAAUUACAAGGAAAUAGAGGGUUACUCAAAACGAAAAAGGCACUCUUUUACAUGGUGGGAAAUACAAGCUUUUGGAGGGGAUGACAAUCCUUUAUCAAGAGAGGAUUAUAUUACUGAUAUGAUUUGGCACUAUCAUACAUAA